UCUUCCCACGUGAAAAAUAUCCUCUCUCCCUUUCCUCGCUCUCCCUAUAAAUUCCACUCCUCCCUCCACACUCACUACCACAAAAAAAGAACAUACCUCUUCCUCGUCAUAUAAUUCCCUUUCUCACAUGGAGUCUUGUUUACUUAAACCAAAAGACACCACUUCUUGGUGGGUUCUGGCUCUACCUUAUUUCCUUGGCCUUGAAAACUAUGCCCUCUUUCACUCCUUCCUCCUCAUUCUCCUCGCUUUCUUCUCUCUCGCUCUUCUCACCUGGGUUUUUUCACCAGGUGGUACUGCUUGGAGAAAUGGAAGAAACCGUCGGGGCCUACUCCCUAUACCUGGCCCUCGUGGCCUUCCAUUUCUUGGCAGUUUGUUCACUCUCACUCAUUCCUUACCUCAUCGCACUCUUGCUGCCUUAGCAUCGACCCGUUGCGAAUCUAAUCUUAUGGCUUUCUCUCUCGGCUCCACUCCUGUUGUCGUCGCAUCCGACCCUAACACCGCUAAGGAAAUCUUAACCUCCCCACACUUCGCGGACCGCCCGCUUAAGCAGUCCGCGAAGAGUCUAAUGUUCGGUCGAGCCAUAGGGUUCGCACCGAACGGAACGUACUGGCGUAUGUUAAGAAGAAUUGCGUCUUCCCACCUUUUCUCUCCAAAGCGUAUUGCCGCUCACGAGAGCGCUCGUCAGCGGCAAUGCGCGGAAAUGAUUCGCAACAUUCACCACGAACAAAUAGUCCAUGGAAGUGUGGGGUUGAGGAAGCAUGUUCAAGUGGCUUCAUUGAAGAACGUGAUGUGGAGUGUGUUUGGGAAAAGGUUGGAGGAAGGGGAUAUGGAAUUGGAAAUGGUUCGCGAUUUGGUUCGUGAAGGGUUUGAGCUAUUGGGUGCGUUUAAUUGGUCGGAUUAUAUGCCAUGGCUGAGUUGGUUUUAUGAUCCGUUUCGUAUUAACCAACGGUGCGCUAAACUUGUUCCUAAGGUUAAUGAGUUUGUUGGUGGCGUAAUUGAUGAACACCGCCGUUGUAAAACCUUGUCCGAUGAUUCUGAUUUUGUUGACGUUUUGCUUUCUCUUGAUGGUGAUGAAAAACUCAAGGAUGAUGACAUGAUCGCUGUUUUAUGGGAAAUGAUAUUUAGGGGUACGGAUACGACAGCGCUACUAACGGAAUGGGUGAUGGCGGAGUUAGUUUUACACGGCGAAAUACAAGAAGAAGUUAGGAAGGAAUUGGAAAGAGUAGUCGGGGGUGGUGAGGAAAGCAACAUCACGGACGCUGAGGUGGCGAAACUACCAUACUUACAGGCGGUGGUGAAGGAAACUCUACGGCUACACCCACCGGGUCCACUGCUAUCGUGGGCCCGUCUCUCUUCGUCGGAUGUCCAGCUCAGCAACGGCAUGCUUAUCCCUCAGAACACAACCGCCAUGGUCAAUAUGUGGGCCAUCACCCACGAUCCCCACGUAUGGGAACAACCACACGUGUUCAACCCCGCCAGGUUCCUCAAUGCCGACGUGGACAUCCGUGGCAGCGACCUCCGCCUUGCCCCUUUCGGGGCAGGCCGGAGGGCCUGCCCGGGUAAAAACCUCGGCCUUGUCACCGUCACUUUAUGGGUCGCUAAGUUGGUUCAUCACUUUAAAUGGGCCCCCGACCCGGCCCACCCCGUGGAUCUAACCGAACUUCUUAAGCUCUCUUCUGAGAUGAAGAAUCCUCUGCGUGCAGUCGUAGGGGAAAUACGUGCUCUUUAGUUUAUUUAUUAUUAUUAUUAUUUUUUCUUAAUGUGUUCUUGUUUUUGCCUAAAUUGGCUUUUGGAUUUGAAGUAAUUAUGGAAGUCAGUCUAAUUUUCUUAUUAAUUUUGUUUUGUUAUUUAUGUUUUUUAUUAGUUGUUUUUCUUUUUCUUUUUUAAUUUAGUGUAAAAGGGUAUGUUUGUGAAAUUAAGGAAAAAAGAAAACAAAACAAAAGACUUCAUUUUUGAACUUGUCUUGUAAGGAGUCUUUUUGUAUUUAUUUUCAAUUAUGGAACAACCAUCCUUUCUUCUGUGUCUA